AUGUUAUGCAACUAUCUCGUGAUCUUAGGUGUGGUAGCAAUCUUCUUCAUCAUCGCCUUCUUCAACCAAACCUACAUUAAUUCACAAUCUUUCGACGGUAACAUAUUCACCAUGAAAAAUGAUCAAGAGACGCUCGUGCAGCCUAAGGAGACAACGACGAACUUGAGCCACUUGAUGUUUGUGUUGGUCGGAAGCUCACGAGCGUGGGAGAGACGAAGCACUUAUGUAGAAUCAUGGUGGAGACCAAACGUGACACGUGGCAAUAUCUUUUUGGACGUGGAGCCGUCGAAAAAGUUCCAGCCUUGGUCUCCAACUUUCCCGCCGUUUAAAGUUAACGAAGACCUUAAGAAACUCGCAAUAUAUCCGAAGCUCAAAAACCCAAUUCACACUCGGAUCUAUAGAUCCAUUCUCGAGACUUACAGGCUCAUGCAAGACGAGGGUGUGAGAUGGUAUGUGACAGGUGAUGAUGAUACUCUUUUCUUCGUAGACAACAUGGUAGAUGUGUUGUCAAAAUACGACCACAAGGAAAAAUAUUACAUCGGAAUGUUUUCGGAGACGAUAGUAUCAAAUUAUUACUUGUCGUUUGAUAUGGCAUUCGGAGGAGGAGGAUAUGCUCUAAGUUAUCCACUGGUGGAGGCUUUGGUGCUCAAAUUAGAUGAAUGUGUUGAGAGGUAUCAUUACGUUUGGGCAGUAGAUCAGUUGCAGAGUUUUUGUUUGGCUGAUUUGGGCGUUGAUCUUACCCUCGAGAAAGGAUUUCAUCAGAUGGAUCUGCGCGGGGACAUAUCAGGCUUACUCUCGUCCCACCCAACUGACCCUCUUGUCAGCUUCCACCACUUCGAGACCAUAGAGCCACUUUUCCCUGGCAUGGACCGUCAUGGCUCAGUCAUUCAGAUAAUGAAAGCAGCAAACGUGGACCAGUCACGGAUGCUACAACAGUCGAUCUGCCACAUCAGAGACAGUAUGUGGACAUUCUCGGUCUCGUGGGGAUACGCUGCUCAUAUCUAUGAGAAGAUAUUCCCACGCAGCCACUUGAAACGUCCCAUCCAGACAUUCCGUCAUUGGAUCGGAGCACAACGGCCUCCGGUUCUCAUGUUUAACACGAGACCGGUUUCUCGAGAUCCUUGUGAAGCUCCUCACUGGUUCUUCUUUGAUUCGGUUGAACAAGAGAAUGAAAGAGUUGUUACUUCUUACGCAAGGAAGUUCCCUAGAAACAUUACUUCUUGUUCCUUCUCCGGUAAUAUUUCUGCUGAUCCUCUCGCUUCAAUCCGAGUCUUCUCUCCCAAAACUCCUAAACAGGUUCCUUCAUCUUAUCUCUUAGACAUUUAA